AUGCCAAUCGACAUCUCGCUCGAUGCGACGCUGCUCAAGCAACUCGGUCGGCGCGUCGAGUCGCUUCCAAACGUCGACAACUCGGGCGACACGGCGGUCGAAGUCUUUGCCGAUCUCGCGGUGAUUGGCGCCGUCCUGCCGUCGUCGGCCAAGUUUGAGCAUGAGCUCGACACGGAGAUUCCGGUUCCGUUCCAUCUGCAGGGCACGACCGACUUUGACGACGGCAUUGGCUUGUCCAAGCGCCGCCAGCUGCGCCGAGCACCGCGCGUCGUGCAAGGCAUCAUGCGCUUUUGGCAGGUGUUUCCGAAGCUUCACGUCAUUGGCGACGAAGUCGUGACCAAGACCGAGUACGCGGAAGUGAUGCUGCUCGUCUUCAAGGUGCUUCGGCCAAGUGACUUUGACAUCUACGAAGCCCUCGACCAAAUCGGCAAGGACUGGACGAGCGACUCGAAGGGAAAAAAUACCAUGGACGCCAUCAUGUUUAUCGAUGCGUUCUUCGAGUUGGUGGACCUCUGGACGUGCGACGUGGAAGAAGCCACGUAUGUGCAAUUUCUCCAGUUGCUCUACGAGCGCAUCACGAUUCGCACGGUUGUCUUCUUUGACGGCAGCGUCUUGCGCGUGGCGGUCGCUGAUACAUCCAAGACCGCCGCGCAGCUCAUUGCGAGCGGCGUGCCAUUGGCCGCCGUGAGUGCGUUCAACCACAUUGCAAAGUUUGUCAAGCCCAAAAUCCAAACGAUCGGUGACCUCGCGGACGCCGAUGUCGUCGAUGUCGAGAAGCUUCGGCAGCAGUACAUUGAACACAACAACCUCUCAACGCAGCGACUCGGCGCCGAGCUCUUUGAAAUUCUGGAGCUCAUCACGCGCGUGACAGCGGGCGCCGUCAACAGCCUCGACUCGCUGCAAGGCUUGGUGGAUGCAGACGCACAAGCCAUCGACUGCAUUCGCGCUGUUUUCAUUCGCGCCCAAGGCAUCUCAAGAACGCAGCAGACCCUCAAGCACAACAUCAUUGCCGAGCUUCAUAAAUUUGGGGUCACCGACACCAUGCUCUCAGACAGCAGCAUGACCGAAAAGUACCUCCAACUCUUUGACCUUUUUUGCGUCAAAACGGGGGUGGAAAUUCAAGAGACGGCGCGCUUGGAGCUUGAGCGCAUUCGGCGCGAACUCGACAAGCACGGCCUCGACGACGUCCCGCCGCAUCAAGUGGAAGCCACUUACCACGAGUAUUACGCCGACGUAAUCGAAACGAGUGGCCCCAAGACGGUUGAGAAGGCAAAGGCCUGGAUUCAAAACAGCACGGAGGAGACAAUCGCGCCGUUCAUUCAGAAAGACGAGCCGUCGUUUUCGCCCAUUGCGGAUGCCAAGCCGUUCACUGCAGACGACACGGCGUUCCAAGUACUCGUGACGCCGUUGGAGGAGCCACCCCCGAAGCCACGAGACCCGACACCCCCCGCGACGCCACCACGGCCUACGACCCCGCCACAGCAACGUGCCGCGUCGCCCAAGCCCAUCACACCACCCCGGGCGUCACCACCCCGCCGAACGGCCACCCCUCCCGUCGUGGACCAACCGAGACCCCCUACCCCCGAAUCGGCAAGCAUCGAGCCGCCAAGCUUUGAGCUCGAGAUUGAGACACCCCGACCCGUAUCGCCCGAGCCCGAGCCUGUUCGAGAGCCGACGCCAGUACUAUGUAUCGCACCCGAAGUGAUUGUACAAGACGUUUGCGCCGUCCAAGAGCUUGUACAAGACCCGCCAUGUCUUGACGAAGUGUCGGCUGUCGUCGCGGACGCCUUCGUGGAGGAGACGGUCGUGGAGGUCUCGGAAGCGCCGCCGGGCGAAGAGUACCGACGAACCGGUAUCGCCAUCGUCCGCGAGGAGCGCAAGGUGCUGAGAACCAGCGCGCAAGCGACCAAGAAGAAGAGCUCGACGGCCGAGCCGCCCCGUGUGGCCGAAGUUCUCGUCACAGGCAGCGCGACCGAUAGCGUCGGCCGGUACAUUCAUUUGCUCGGCCUCACGGACGUGGUGCAAGCGCCUGGCGACGCCGAGGCCAUCGCUCUCCUCGCGCCCAAUUCCUCGAAAAAGAUCGAUCUCGUGUGCUACGUCGCGGGUCGCAACAUGGACGAUGCGCUGGCCAAGCUCGCGCUCUUUCGUACUGUCUACCGCCGACCAGUCAUCAUUGUCGGCGGCGACGAAGCCGAUCCGGCGCUCACGCAGCGCAUGUCGGACGCAUGCAUGGCCCAAGGCGCUUUGUACUUUGCCGCACUGCCCGUGGACUUUCGGGAGCUCCGGAGUCAGCUCCAGAGCUUCCUCGAUGCCGCACCGCACAAGUACCUCGUCAAGCAGCGAAAACAGUCGGUCACCGCCAACGCCAACGCGACCAACGCGACGACGCGACUGAAGCCGGUUAAGGGCAACCACAAACUGCAGCCAAUCACCGAGAGCUCGUCGUCGCCAAAGAAGCGAACAUGGCUCGCAGAAGAGCCGGUACCAAGCACGACGCACCUCCCGGCGCUGCCAGUGCGCGCCAAGGCGCCAGAGCUACGCAACGCCGACAAGCCCCUCGCUGCACUCGUACCCCACAAGCCCGUGGCGCUCAUCGGAGGCGCUCCGUCGCCGCGGUCACCCCGGCGCGCCGCAGAGUCCUCACCGCGUCGCAACUCAGACCAACCGUCGCUGUCAAUUUAAGAAAGCUCGAGCCCUUUCCAAC